AUGCAGAGGUUUACUUUUAUGAACACUUUAGCAAAGGUACUAUGCUCCCUGGAGCGUUCAAAGGACUUAACGAACAUUUCAGAUUCAAUUGGUGACAAACCAGGACAGUGGGUUGAGUCAAAUCAUCAUAGCGAUGAAACACGAGGGACUUGGGAGCUGUUCUCUAAUGAAGCAUGGAAUAACCCUGAAGAGGUGGCUCUGAAGACUUCUGCUGAUGCAAGAUAUUAUGGCAUUUCGCGAAAACUCGAUAAGCCAUUCUCGAACAGGGAUAAGACAUUAGUGGUUCAGUACAUCGUCAAGUAUGAGCAAAGUGUCAGCUGUGGAGGAGCUUAUCUGAAACUUCUGCCCUCGAGCAUCGACCAGAAAACAUUCCACGGUGAAACUCCAUACCUUUUCAUGUUUGGUCCUGAUAUAUGUGGCUAUUCCACCAAGAAAGUUCACGCAAUCUUUAGCUACAAAGGGAAGAAUCAUCUCAUCAAGAAGGAGGUCCGCUGUAAAGAUGAUUUGGUCUCACAUCUGUACACAUUUAUCCUCACACCGGACAACAAAUUCAAGGUCCUAAUCGAUAAUGAGCAAGUCGAGGAAGGCAGCCUGGAGGACGACUGGGAUAUGCUUCUUCCGAAGGAAAUUGAUGAUCCCGCCUCAAAGAAACCUGAAGAUUGGGUAGACGAGGAGGAAAUUGAUGAUCCUGACGAUAAAAAGCCCGAAGACUGGGACAAGCCUAAAGAUAUUCCGGAUCCUGAUGCGAAAAAACCUGAAGAUUGGGAUGAUGAAAUGGAUGGGGAGUGGGAGCGACCGAAGAUCCCCAACCCCGAAUAUAAAGGAGAUUGGCAUCCCCGGAAAAUUGCGAAUCCUAAUUACAAAGGGCCAUGGGUAGCGCCGAAAAUCAGUAAUCCGGACUACCAACCAGACCCUGAUUUGUAUGUGCGAGAUGAUAUUGCUCAUGUUGGGUUUGAACUGUGGCAAGUAACCUCUGGAUCCGUGUUUGAUGAGAUUCUCAUUACUGAUGACCCUCAGUUUGCCAAAGAGGAGGGUGAACGCGUGUGGAGACCUCGGAACAAGCUUGAGACUGAAUUUGAAAAGAAACGAGAAGAGGCCGAAAAGGCGAAAGCGUCUGAAGAAACAAAAGAGGAAUCCGGUAGUGAAGGGGAUUCCGAUAAAGAAGAAUCAUCUGAAAAGGAGACCAGUGACGAUUCGACGGAGCCAACCGAUAGCGAAUCGGAGGCGUCGAAGACCCAUGAAGAACUUUAA